CUGAGAUCGUGCUGAAGAGAACACGCUGUUGAUCUGCUCCCAAACUCGAAGCGCAAAGAGCCCCGCCCCUCUCUCUCCGCUCCUUCUCCAGGCUUAUAACCAGCAGCCUCGCGAGCAGCCCGAAAUACCCAAGACAAGCUCUGGACCUGACUACAUCUGUUAGCUACUUGCCGUUUCAAUUGGGACGGAAUAUUUAUUAUCCGUUUUAUCCUGCACAGAGAGGCGCCGCAGCGCCGCUCGGGAGUCAGGGGAAAAGCGAGAUGGAUUUUUUAAACCACAGCUACUUAAGCGCGCGCACGUCCUACGACUACACGUUCAACUUCUGGAACGACUAUCUUGGCCUGUCCACGCUGGUGACGCAGAGCAGCAAGCGCGGUCCCGGCGGCGGAGCGAGCCCCAACUCCAUCACGGAGUCUCUGAAAGCCACACUGGGCCUGGAUGACUCUGCGCCGUGCCCGUGCGCUGCGCACUUGGACUACUGCUGCUGCUCUUCCUCGUGCUGCUCCUCUUCCUCAUCGUGCGGCUGCUGCUGCCCUCCCGCAAGCCCGCCGCCGCCUUCCUUGCUUGAGCUCAAGGAGCGCUUCUCGGCGCUCGGGCCGUUCCGUAGCCACGGCGCAGGGAUUGUAGGGCAUGAGCGCGAUGCGGGCUUUGGAGGAGGAGGAGGUGGAGGAGGGAGCGGAGGUGGAAGUUUCGCGGCUUUCGAGCUGUUCGGCGCGGAUAGGAAGGUGCGCAAGACGGCGGCGGCGCGCGCCAAGCAGGAGCCCAAGAUCUGCGUGUUCUGUCGGAAUAACGGCGCGCCUGAAGAGGUAUACGGCUCGCACGUGCUGAAGGCGCCCGACGGCCGUGUGGUAUGCCCGAUCCUGCGCGCAUACACGUGCCCACUGUGCAGCGCCAACGGCGACAACGCACAUACCAUCAAGUACUGUCCGCUCUCCAAGGAGCAGCCCGCGCCCCGAGCGCUCAAAGGAGGCCGGGCUGUGGGCGGUAAGCGCGUCAAAAUCUUCUAAAAGAAAAAAGAAAGAAAGAAAGAAAGAAAGAAAGAAAGAAAGAAAGAAAGAAAAGCACCGAUCUACACGCGCUCAGUAAAUAAUCACCUACAUUUAUUGCACUGAACCUUUUUUCCAGUUGACUGUUCCAAUCGCGGCUUUCCGAGUCUUAACUUGCUAGACUGUAGGAUUUAUUAAACAAAUAAGAUAUCAAUGUUUUUUCUGUUUAAAAAAAUCCUUUAUAUUUUUAUAGAUGCUUUAUUUCCAUAGUUUAUUGUAUACAUAAAAAAAGAUCUCUUUUCCACAUUUUUGUCUUAGAUGUUUAUUAGUUCAUAUUCAGUCACGUUUAUAUGAAUAAAAGAUGUUUUUUUUGUUUGUUUGUUUAAAUGGGCAAAAGUCAUGAAUGUUAGCAUACACAUCAGAGCAAAUAAGUAUUUUCUUUACUGUAAGCUAAGCUUACACAUUGUGUUGUCUUUUAAACCAAAGUUAAGUUUGCCAUCUUGCGAAUGUUUCAUUUCCAAUCUGCUGAGGUUUCCUCUUUGAGUUUGGUUUGGUUUAUUUAGCCCAUUCCUUUCUUCCUAAGGGCCACCACACACUUUCCUUCCCUCCCAGGCUGACAUUUGAUAUGGGUGAGGAAGAAAAAAAACACCAAGCUCAGAAACACAAUGGGGUCUCUGUUGGAUGUUACAUGGUCUUAGCAUAACCUCAUAAUGAGUAGAUGCCCAGCCAAACUGGCCUGUUAUGAGCCCUACUGACAGAGAUGGGUGUGGGUUAGUCUUUCAGCCAGACCCCUUUUGAGAUGUCUUCAUUAGGCCAAUACAAGGUGCCCUGCUAAUGUUUACACCCCAAAGAAGGGGAACACACAGACACACAGACACACACACUGGAGAAUGCGUCUUGAGGGGACCUGUCUGGUGCCGAAGCUGCCCCUGUGCACCAGGCUUUCACACUUGACCUUUUUACCCUGAAAACCAUCACAGGCGAGCUGUAGAGAAAACAACGGGUGAGUUAUAAAAUAGUGCAGUCUGAUAACUCUCCAAGAGCCAGUGGUGGAACAGAACGGAAUGAAUGUUCUUAAUAAAAAAAAUUUUAAAAAUAAAAAAAGGUUUUUUUUUGCAUUUGCAUUUGCAUUUGCAUUUGCAUUUGCCCCCCUUUUUGCAUUCUGUAAAAAAAAAAAAAAAAAAAAAAAAAAAAAAACUUAAUCCAAAAGAAUGAUGCAAAAAUGUUGUGAAUGUACAAUUUAAACAUGCAGGACUGCACAUGGUCUGACCAUUCGUUUACCAAAGGAAUUCAAUUGUAAUGAAGUAAGGAACAUAGAUUUGCUGUAAUGUAAAUAAAAUAAAAAAAAGUUGAGUCAUGUCUAUUCAGUAUUUUAACAUUUAAAAGUGACUUUAGAGGGUGCUACCUCAACAAUAUUUUGUACUUACAUGUAAAAUGUCAAUAGCAGUUUAUUAAUAUAGCGCUGCCAUUUAUAAUAAGGGUUUUUAAUAGUAUUUUUGAUCUUUGUAUAACAUAAUUGUAUUUUUCUUUCAUUGCAUUCCAAUAAGCUCUUAGCAUUGUUUGCCAAUAAGUGAUGGCUGAUUAUGAUAUAAUGACAAAAUAUCUCACUAUUUUUCAGUUGUUCAAUGUUACAGUCUUGAUGAGUGAAAGAUAAAAUGGAAUAUGUUGAAAAAUGUAGACAAUUUGCCACUUUUAACUGAGGUUUGUAAUUAAAUUAAAAGAGGACUAAAAAGAAACACUGUUGGAUUUUGUUAUUUAUAUUUUGUCACAGUUUUCCUGUUAGCAGCUGUGCACAGUUAAAAGAAAUGAAUUUGGCAGAGAAAUAAACUCCUUGUCAAAUGUAUUA